AUGGCGUCCAUCGAUCCCCGGGUGGCCGCUCUGGUCGACAACCGAGCGGCCGACUCAGACGACGAGGAUGCCUUGCUCGCAUCCUUGGAGGAGGAUGACGACGACCACGCGCUCGCGGCGCUCCGCGAGCAGCGCAUGCAGCAAUUGCACGACGAAGUCUUGAGAGCGAAGCGCAUGCGGGAGGCCGGCACGGGAUCGUACGUCGAGAUCAGAGACGAGAAGGAGGUCAUGGACAUCACCACCUCCACCAAGCUCGCCGUCGUGCAUUUUUUCAAGCCCGACUUUGGCAGAUGUGGUGUCAUGGACAGACAUUUGGAGGCGCUGGCACCGAAGCAUUUCGACACUCGAUUCGUCAAGAUCAACGUCGACAACGCCCCGUUCUUGGUCGCGAAACUCAAAAUUCAGGUCUUGCCGUGCGUGAUCGCCUUUGUGGACGGCGUCGGCCAGGACCGCAUCAUCGGCUUCGAAGGUCUCGGUCAAGGAGACAAAUUCACAACGGUCGAUCUCGAGGCUCGACUGCUGCGCUGUGGAGUUCUCACACGAGCCAAGAUGAGCGACGACGUGGCCGUCGGCAGGAUGAGGACCGGCAGGGCGAACAUGAAUAGGGGGAAGCCCGAGGCCAGCGACGGCGACGGCUACGGCGACGAUGAUCACGAUGACGAUGAUUGGGACUAA